CUGCCCAUGGAAGGGUCAGGGGUACAGCAGACCCUGAAAGCUGAGCUUUCUCCGACCCCCGAAGUAAGGAAAAGCUGUAAGGAGAAGGGAGGGACAGAGCAGGGAGUGAGGGGAAGAAGGAGGGGCAGGCUGCUGUCCCCCCACAGAGCCAGCUCAGACUCAGCUCUAGCAGCAACCCAGCUGCAGAGGCACCGGCAGCCCUGCUCCUCCAGAGAAGGACGGCAGGCAAACAGACAGACAGAGGUCCCGGGACUAGAAGGCCUCAGCUCCUAACAGCUCGGCCGGGCCUGGCCCCAUGGCCUUCAAUGACCUCCUGAAGCAAGUGGGGGGCGUCGGCCGCUUCCAGCAGAUCCAGGUCACCCUGGUGAUCCUCCCCCUGCUCCUGAUGGCCUCCCACAACACCCUGCAGAACUUCACUGCUGCCAUCCCCACCCACCACUGCCGCCCACCUGCCUACGCCAACCUCAGCAAGGAUGGGGGACUGGAGGCCUGGCUGCCCCAGGACCAGCGAGGGCGAAGGGAAUCCUGCCUCCACUUCACCUCCCCGCAGUCAGGACCGCCCUUCCCCAAUGGCACAGAGGCCAACGGCACAGGGGCAACUGAGCCCUGCACCAAUGGCUGGAUCUAUGACAACAGCACCUUCCCAUCCACCAUCGUGACUGAGUGGGACCUCGUGUGCUCGCACAGGGCCUUACGCCAGCUGGCCCAGUCCUUGUACAUGGUGGGGGUGCUGCUCGGAGCCAUGAUGUUCGGCUACCUGGCAGACAGGUUGGGCCGCCGGAAGGUGCUGAUCUUGAACUAUCUGCAGACAGCUGUGUCAGGGACCUGCGCGGCCUUCGCACCCAACUUCCCUGUCUACUGUGCCUUCCGGCUCCUCUCCGGCAUGUCUCUGGCCAGCAUCGCCCUGAACUGCAUGACGUUAAAUGUGGAGUGGAUGCCCAUCCACACGCGGGCCUGUGUGGGCACCUUGACUGGCUACGUCUACAGCCUGGGCCAGUUCCUCCUGGCCGGCGUGGCCUAUGCUGUGCCCCACUGGCGCCACCUGCAGCUGCUAGUCUCUGUGCCUUUUUUCGCCUUCUUCGUUUACUCCUGGUUCUUCAUCGAGUCGGCCCGCUGGUACUCCUCCUCUGGGAGGCUGGACCUUACCCUGAAGGCCCUGCAGAGAGUGGCCCAGAUCAAUGGGAAGCAGGAAGAAGGGGCCAAGCUGAGUAUGGAGGUGCUCCAGGCCAAUCUGCAGAAGGAGCUGACGGUGGGCAAAGGCCAGGCCUCGGCCACUGAGCUGCUGCGCUGCCCGGUCCUGCGCCGCCUCUUCCUCUGCCUCUCCAUGCUGUGGUUUGCCACCAGCUUCGCCUACUAUGGGCUGGUCAUGGACCUGCAGGGCUUUGGAGUCAGCAUGUACCUAAUCCAGGUGAUCUUUGGUGCUGUGGACCUGCCUGCCAAGCUUGUGUGCUUCCUUAUCAUCAACUCCCUGGGUCGCCGGCCUGCCCAGAUGGCCUCACUACUUCUGGCAGGCAUCUGCAUCGUGGUCAAUGGGGUAGUACCCCAGGACCAGUCCAUUGUCCGAACCUCCUUUGCUGUUCUGGGGAAGGGCUGCCUGGCUGCCUCCUUCAACUGCAUCUUCCUGUAUACUGGAGAAUUGUACCCCACAAUGAUCCGGCAGACAGGCAUGGGGAUGGGCAGCACAAUGGCCCGCGUGGGCAGCAUCGUGAGCCCACUGGUGAGCAUGACCGCCGAGCUCUACCCCUCCGUGCCGCUCUUUAUCUUCGGCGCUGUUCCCGUGGCCGCAAGCGCCGUCGCUGCCCUUCUGCCGGAGACUCUGGGCCAGCCACUGCCGGAUACAGUACAGGACCUGGAUAGCAGGAGGAAAGGGAAACUGAGGCGACAGCAACAAGAACAACAGAAGCACAUGGUUCCACUCCGGGCCUCAGCACAAGAGAAGACUGGACUCCAGGACUGAGAAGGAGCCUUACAGGGCCCUAAAGGGAGUGAGGGUGCUCCGGUCCGGGGCCACUCACACAAGGAGGGGGAAAGGGAGAUGGUGGCCCAAGGAUGGGGGCUGUGGUUCUGGGAAGUAUCUCCCCAGGGGUCCUCCUCCCUGAACAGACCCCGGCAAGACCUCAUUAAAAGGUUCGGUUGCA